AAUAGUAAAGAGACACUAGAAGUUUGAUAAAAAAGAAAACCUUUAGUAUAUUUGCCGGAACAUUUGUCAACCAUUUUUCUCACAAAGCGUCUCCGUUCGUCGCGCAGAAUGGUAUUUGUAGGUGAACGCUGUUAUAAGAUUCAUCGAAUUAUGUUUAUGAUUAUGGGAUUCUGGCCGUAUCAGAAACCAUUUAUCUGGCGAAUGCAAGCAGUUUUCUUUUUCAGUGCAUAUUGCUGCAUUAUAUUUUCAAAGUUUGCGGCCUUUUUUACGACAACAUGUAACAUGGACUGUAUCUUAAAAAAAUUUACUUAUAUCUGUUUAUCUUUUAUUUUUGUUUUGUGUUACUGUUCUUUCUAUUUCAAUUCUGAAUUUAUAAAGCAAGCGUUGAAACAUAUGCAAUUAGAUUGGAAAAUGUUUGAAAAUAGUGACACAAUUAAAAUAUUUGAAGAAUAUCUCUUCCUAUCUUAUAUUUUCGCAUUAUUUGCAAUUAUGAUUGUUCCUGCAUGUUUAUCCACACUUAUGGCUCUUGAAUGUAGACCUGUCAUUCUUGAUGCUAUUAUGCCGAUGAAUGUAUCCCGACCACGUAAACUUGAAGUCGAGGCUGAAUAUUUUCUUGAUAAACAGGAAUAUUUCUAUUUUUAUCUUAUGGAAGAAUUAGUAGGAUUGGGGAUUGGCUUUUACUUGGCACUGGUAAUUGCAACAUUUUGCAUUACUCUUGUGAGACACUGCUGCGCAACAUUAAAAAUUGCAAGUUGUUUAAUACAAAGUACAGAAAUAGUCCACACACUGCAAAUUCCUGUUACUCAAGAGAUACAAUUUAUGCAUCGAAGCAUUUGUUUUUCUGUUUAUCUCCACCGCAGAACUUUAAAGUUAAUGAAAGACUUCAUGCAUUCGAUUGAUGUGUGGUAUAGUCCAAUAAUUUUAAUGUGCGUACUGUCUUUAAGUUGUGUUCUACUUCGCUUGUACAAUGCUAUACUAGAGACCAAUGAUUUGUAUGAAACUUUCAUGUGCUGUCUACUUUUGUAUGUUUGUUUUAUGUAUAUGUUUAUUACAAGUUUUCUUGCACAAUCAUAUACUGAUCACAGUAUAGAGAUAUUAAAAUUUACAUAUGAUACUCUUUGGUAUGUAGCGCCAGUACCGAUCCAAAAGUUGUUCUUAAUUAUGCAAAAAUCUAUAAAGCCUCAUAUAUUAGUGAUGGGUGGUCUGUUUGUUUUUUCCAUGGAAGGAUUUUCUACGCUUUUGACCACAGCUCUAUCAUAUUUUACUGUUUUACAUACUAUGCAUUCAUGAAUCUGAAAUGACAAUGAAAUAAUGAAGAAGAUAUAGUCAUCAAGAAUAACGCUUAAUUGCGUAAAAAUUAUUAUUUUAGCAAAGAUAAAUUACGGAAAUUGUCUGAGAAUGUAGUUAUAUGUGUUGUAUGAUGUACGUCAUAAAUAUGUGUAGUUAUUACACAUCUAUUUUGAGCACCGUAUUAUUUCAUUGUAUUUGACAGUGUCAAUUGUAUAAUAAUUUUUCUGCUUUAUGGAAUUAUUUGCUAAUUAUAGGAGCUUGCAAAAGUUCGUAAUGUCACAAAUACAAGCGGAGUCACGAAUUGCAAGUAUAGCUCAACAAAAACUCGUCCAAACAUUAAAAGGACUUGCAGCGUAGCUUGGAGUUAAUGAAUCGGCAGUAUCCUAUCAUUUAAAAGCAAUGGGAAACAUCCAAGAGGAAGAAAAAUGACUUUACUGACAUACGAACUUUUGCAAGUAUCUAAUAUUUUAUUGUAUUUUAUAAAGUACUCAUUAUUAAAUUUGAUUAUUCUGUAUUGUAAUUGACUGAAAUAAGAUUGCAAGGUAUUUUUUAAUUAGUUUAUUUAAUAUAAGUAAUUACAAAUAUUCAUUAUGAUAUAUAAUAUGUUAUAUAUUUGGUUUUUCAAUAAAAAAUUUGCAUGUGAUUAGAAUAAAAUGAUAUAACAAUAAUUAAUAAAUUAUCGUGCUCAUAAUGAAAGAGCAUAUUUAUGAUAACA